UCAAGAAUAUAAUGAAAAAAGGGGAAAGAAAGAGGCAUGGCAGUGGCGAGGUAGAUGAUGUUUGGAGUUGGGUUAUCCAUAAAGAAUUCAGAUUCUCCUAGUGAAGAGAGCUGUAUUGUCACAAAAGUGGUAGGCUAGCUCUUAGGAGCACUAGCAACCUGAGCUAAGACAGGGCCUUACUUUUGUAUCCAAGUUUUGGCACUCAGCUAGUGAUGGGGAAUAUGCUCCUAUGUGGAGCAUAUCCACAAAGAAGGAUGUCAGGAACUGGGAAGCAGGUGUGUAAGGGGAGGCAGGGAAGGAGCCGCAGGUGUGUCUGUUCUGGAUUCCUUAUCGGAAUUUAAAUCCAAAACAGCUCAGGGAUGUGGUCACAAAACAGACAACUUAACUUGCAACAUUCAAGGAUAUGGUUACAAAUCAUGGGGUUAGUCAAGUAUACAGAAAAUGACAAGGUUUUCUUGUCAACGGAUACAACCCCCUGUUACCUGGCAGAUUUAGAUUUAGGCAAGGCUAGCAUUGUUGCUGGGCAGAAGUCAGCCACAUGCAGUAGCAGUAGAUCACAAGCCAUACUAUAAGUAGUAAUCAUCAGAAUGAUCUGAUACUAGUUAAAAAAUAGGCAAAUAAAUGGGACAGAUUAGAUUCACAGCAUGCAGAAGUAAACCAUCUUAGUAGCCUUGCCCAAAGUCCCAAACUAUUACAGUUACUACGUAGGUGGCCUUGUGCAAAUACCUUUCUUAGCCUAAGUUUCUCCACCUGUAAAAUGGGUAGAAAUUUACAAUCUACCUCAAAUGGGUUAGGAGGAAACAUUUUGAAAAAAAAUUUUUACUUAUAGCUUUGGGCACCACUGUUCCGCAGGGUGACAUUUUCUAUUUUGGGUUCCCUGCUUCAGUCCCUCAAUUCCAUAAAAGUUUAUUAUGCCUCUUUUGAGGUGCAAGGCCUGCUUCAAGUCCAGUAUAAAAAUUAUGUUGCUUUGCACCAGUCCAAACAUCGGUAUCUACCAUGUGGUAUGGGCCAGGGAAACCACUUUACACCUUCUGCUCUCUGUUCCGCCCCCUCUAUUCUUCUCCUUAGCCAAUCACGAAGCAGUUCGCUCUGUGCAAGUUUCCCCCCCCACCAACGCCAUCCCGGAACCGGAAGUUGCCAAAAGACAGGCGACGUAAUUGUUGUUUCCUCGAGAGUCUCCAUUUCUCCUGCCGUUUCUAGGCGGGGCAGGGAAAGAGGACACUGAUUGGCUCUCUAGCCCAUCGCUCUCCAUUGCUUCGGCUUCCCAUUGGCAGCUUUAGGGGCCGCCCCUUUGGGCAGGGCGGGAGAUUCGGUGUGUGGCCCGGGUGGGUCCCCUUCCUUGUUCCCUUAGACAUCCGUCCGGGUCUCGGGCAGCCAGUGGCGAUAUUUCCACGCUUUCGUCAGGCUUCGACUGCCGUGCUGACGCGGAUGAACCACUGUUAGAGCUGUUCCUUCACCUUCUUCAGCCUCGGGCCGUCGGUCGGGUUGAUAGUGAUGAACCAUUUGAAGCUACAAGAAGUCAAGAUGCUGCAAGUUCAGUUCGUAGGGGAUGAUGAUGUUCUUAAUCACAUUCUUGAUAAAGAAGAAGGGGCUAAAUUUCGAAAAGAUCGAGCUCAACUCUUAGUCAAUGUGAAGAAACUAAUGAAGAAGCAGGAAAGUGACCAAAAUGAAGACGACCAGGAGGAUUUAAAAGAUGAGAACUAUGUGGAUAUUUUAGGAGCAGACACUCAAGACUCCUUGAAAAAUGGCCGUAUUGCAGGUGGUAGCAACAAAGUUUAUUCUUUUCAGACCAGAAAAAAUCCUGAAAAGAUGGCAGAGCUGGCUUAUGAACUAGCAAAAACACCAGGGAAAAGCAUUUCACUGAUUUCUAAGGAGAAUGCUGAAAAGAUGGCAAGCACCUCACAAAGUAUCAAGAAGCAAUCCACAUCAGAUAAAGACCAGUUAAAGAGUGAUGAGAAGAACGAAUUUCUUUCAACACCUUACAGACUAAGGAAAAGGCUGACAGUUUCUACCUUACCCUCUGACACUGAAAGUGAAUAUUCUGAUUCAAACUCAGAAGAUGAUAAUGGGGUGAAACGGGAAGAGGAAGAGAAGAUAAGUGAAGUCUUUAUGGAUCAAAAGAGAAUUGCUAAGCACAGAUCAGGUUCCUCGUCUUCUUGCAAAAAAGUAUCAGCAAAAAAAAUGAAAAAAGAUACAACAACUGACUUAGUAGAAGAGUAUUUUGAAGCCCACAGCAGUUCAAAAGUUUUAACCUCAGAUAGAACAUUGCAGAAACUAAAGAGGACUAAACUGGAUCAGCAAACUUUGCACAACCUGUUGAGCAAGUUUUCUCCUUCCUUUUCUGCUGAGUUGAAACAAUUAAAUGAACAGCACGAACGGCUAUUUCACAAGUGGAUGUUACAGUUACACCUAGGGUUCAACAUUGUGCUUUAUGGACUGGGCUCUAAGAAAGAAUUACUAGAGAAAUUUCGUGCCUCCAUGCUGCAAGAUUCAGUUCAUGUUGUCAUCAAUGGGUUUUUUCCUGGUAUUACUGUAAAAUCAAUUCUGAAUUCUAUAACAGAAGAAAUCCUUGAUCAUAUGGGAACUUUCCGAAGUGUGGUGGAUCAGCUGGACUGGAUAAUCAACAAAUUUAAAGAUGAUUCUUCUUUGGAACUCUUCCUCCUUAUCCAUAAUCUGGACAGCCAGAUGUUGAGAGGAGACAAAAGUCAGCAAAUUCUUGGACAAUUAUCAUCCUUGCCUAAGAUUUACCUCAUAGCUUCUAUUGAUCACAUCAAUGCCCCCCUCAUGUGGGAUCAUUCAAAACAGAGCCUUUAUAACUGGCUCUGGUAUGAAACUACUACAUAUAGACCUUAUACUGAAGAAACCUCCUAUGAGAACUCUCUGCUUGUCCAGCAGUGUGGAACAUUAGCUCUUAGCUCCCUUACACACGUUUUCCGCAGUCUUACUCCAAAUGCAAGGGGGAUUUUUAGACUCCUAAUAAAGUAUCAACUAGAGAAUGAAGAUAACCCUUCUUAUAUAGGGCUUUCUUUUCAAGAUUUCUACCAGCAGUGUCGGGAAGCAUUUCUUGUUAACAGUGACCUGACACUUCGGGCACAACUAACUGAAUUCAGGGAUCAUAAGCUUCUAAGAACAAAGAAGGGAACGGAUGGAGUAGAGUAUUUGUUAAUUCCUAUUGACACUGGGACCUUAACUGAUUUCUUGGAAAAAGAGGACAAAGAGGCUUAAAGAUUUCCUUUGAACACGAAUCUCCUUGGACAACUACAUAAAGGGCCGCUAUAGAGGGACCUGUGCUGCACUUGCUGCCUCUGUAACCAAAAGCGCUAUGUUUACUUACCAGCAGUAGAUUAUUUUUCCAGCAUGCAAGAUUUAAAACUUUGGACACAUCAUCAAAUUCAAUUCUUUUGAUUGGUUUGAAUGAUCUGCUUAAGUGAUGCCAUCUCAAGUACAAUGCCUAAAUGCUCAAACUGGAGAAAAUGUGCCUUUCAUUUAUUACCUCUCUGGAGACUCUUGGCUGGAUAGAGCAGUUUGCUCAGGGAGUGUUCGAAACUGAAGGUUUUGGAUUUCAUUUUAUACUAGGGAAGAUGAUAUCCUUAAUUUUCCAAGGGCCCUUUUAAACAGUUCCAGACUUGACUGUUUGCAAGCAUGCUGGUUCCAGUGUGUGAACUACUGAGGUAUGAGUAUCCACUAAAUCUGUUUCGUCUGCAGGUCUGUAUCGCUGAACUGCUGUGUGCAAUGACAGAAUUUAAAAAGUAGUUUUUAUUGCUGUUUUUGCUGUGUUGUUUUAAAGCAGCAAACAAGUGUAGAUUUUGGAAGGAACAGAAAAUGGUUCUUUUCCACCCUUUUGGAUUUAUACUAGAUGGGAGAGGAGUGGGGGAGACAUUAUUUAUUUGUGGGGGGGAAGAAAUGUGAAAGAUGGGUGGAAGGAAUAUAUAGGGUGUCCUCCUUACAGAGGGGCACACAAACAACAGUGAGUGUCUGUUAUCUGACACAAGUGGGAGACCAGACUAGAACAGGAACUGAACUCUUUGAUUAAGUUUUAACCAUUUCACUGGUGAAUAAAAAAUUUCAGUAUUCCUGUA